GAACUUGGACUAGCCUAGUUAACGUUUUCAAAUGAGUUCGCGGUUCGGGAUACAUAAUAGAGCCAGAUAAGCUUUAAAAAAAUGAAAUGAUCAGGAGGCGAGGAGUAUAAAAGACGACGCGACCCUUGUGUUGACAAAAUACUGAAUCGGCUUGGAUCCCGUUGGAAGAGAAGCAACUGCAAAUCAUGGUCUCCCUCACGAUCUUUUGCCUCCUGAGCUGUGUGGUCUCGGGUGCCGUCACACAGAGUAUCUCUUCCCUGUCUACGUCUUUGAAGGCUUUGGAAGCGUCUUUGGACCAAAAUAACGAUGGACAGGUAACAAAGGCAGAGAGAGACUUUGACCUCCAGAACAACUUCGACACUAACCGAGAUGGCUGUGUGGACGCCCUCGAGUGGUCAACAAGACUAACAUCAUUGAACUUCACCAAAGAACUGGCUUCCUAUAUCCUCACCCUGGCAAGAUCAACAAACAUCAGCCGUCCCGCCGGCUGUGACGGUAUCUCUGUGUACUACGGACAGCCCGGCACCACGGAGGGACUCGUGUCUAGUUAUAUCUACACACUGACGCGCAUGUGUGAAGGGGACACGACUCUCUACCUCACCAACUCAGACUGCCGGUAAAAGAAAAAAGAAAAAAAUGUUGUCACCGCAAAU